UGCGAGUCUAACAAAAAGGCAAACACAGUAUUUAUAUAAUAAUAUUAUAUAUUGUGUGUGCUUUGCGAUGAUGGUUGAAUGUAUUCUACGUCUGUUCAACACAAUACCCGAAAAUCCUUGAAACGAUCAGAUCAGUUCUUACGAUGGCACCCCGACAAGCAUUGACGUUAGACAUGCUGGUAAGAAGAAUGCCAUUCAAUGCACGUCAGAAAAUGUCCAAGAUGCUGGAUCCAGAAUCACUCACAGGCUGGAAGGCACUGGCAGGAUCGCUUGUAAAUCCACGAACCAAUAGAUAUUACACGACUAACGAUAUAGAAAAUUUUGCCUUGGAAUUCAGACGACAAAACAGUCCAACAGAAGCAGUACUUAGAGAUUGGGGGACCAGUGAACCAACAGUUGGACUACUCAUACAAAUCCUAUUGGAUAUUGGUAGAACUGAUGUUAUAAACGAAAUUAUGCCAGGAUAUUUUAACCACCAUGAGGUUGUAGACGGUGGUGCUGGAGAUCAGAAUAAUCAUAUUGCUGUGCGCCGAAAUGAAGACCAGAAUCUGCAUGCAGUUGACCAAGUGGCUGCAUAUCAAGAUGUACAUGAUGGUAAUGCGGUUGCAGGCCAUGUACAUGCAGUUGCAGAUCAAGAUGUACAUGGUGGCCAUGCGGUUUCAGACCACGUACAUGAUGACCAGGUGGCUGCAAACCAAGAUGUACAUGAUGACCAGGCGGUUGAAAACCAAGAUGUACAUGAUGGCCAGAUGGUUGCAGACCAAGAUGUGAAACAGAGUGACCAUGAGUUAGAGGAACAUGCUGAGAAACAGAAUGACAUGACGGCUGGAAAUCAAAACUGUGAACAAUGUAACAAGGGAGAUACAACUCCAGAUAUUCUAACAAAUUUUAAAUUACUUAAAUUGAAUUAAAAUGUAUAAUUUCUAUAUUGAUUCAUUCAUAUAAUUUCUAUAUUGAUUCACUCUUACUUGUACAGUAAUUAUUCAAAAUAUAGGAAAUGGAAGUUGAUAAAUUUAUUCUUUUUUUUAAAUUUGACAGUUUAAUUUAACUUCUUAAAGGUAUUUUCCAGCUUAUACAGCACAUGCAGUCAUUCUAAUGCAUCAUUAACCAACAAAUUUUCAUCUAUUAGUAUUGUUCAUAUUAGUUUAAUCAACAUUACGAUUAUUCUUUUACUGUACUGUAAUUGCAUAUUUUUUUUCGUUUGAAAUAUUUCACUAUAAAACGUUGAUAUAAUUAAUUAUGUAUCUAGAUGAAUAUAUACAGACUAUCAGUUAUUUCUAAAACGUAUUACUUUGAAAAUACUUAUGUGGUUGAAAGCAUUCAUUUUGAUUACCAUUUCCAUAGUUAUGUUUUAAUUACGAUUAGUUUGUAUGGACAAUAACAGUAUGUGAUAUUAACACUAAUUAACGCCUUAAUUAAACAAUGUAAGCUCUCAGUAAAAUCUCGUAAAUGUAAAUAUA